AUGACGACCCUUCAGCCACGCAAGCCGUACACAGAAGAGGAGCUCAAAGUCCUCUACCCCUCUGGCCUGGAGCUCGUCCAAGCCCAGGUCCUCCUCCGUCACGGCGAGCGUACCCCGGUCUCGGCUCGCUUUCAAAAUGUCGGCCUCCACCCAUACUGGCCGUAUUGCAAGUCUGCUAGCCACCUGAGAAAUGUAGUGCUUGAGGCGAAUAAAGACGGAGUUGUGUUCUCGGCCCUUGAAUGGAAGAAACGCCUCGAGUCCUUCGGCGUCGGCACUGACUCGCCUCUACUAGCUACGGGUGCCACUGGUGGUGUGGAUGAUAUCUGUGAGAUGGGUAUGCUCACUGAUAAGGGGCGCGAGACUACUCAUAGCCUUGGCAAGCGCCUGCGUGAGCUGUACGUCAAGCAGCUAGGCUUCCUCCCUGAGAUCAUCGACUCGUCUGAGUUCAUGUACCUGCGUGCUACACCAGUCCCACGUGCCCUGGAGUCAUUGCAGCAGACCUUCGUCGGCUUGUAUCCCGAGGACAAGCGGACUGCUGACUUCCCACCACCUACCAUUCUGCUUCGAAACCUAUCCGAAGAGCAAUUGUUGCCCAACGAGGGAGGUUGCGCGCGCUUCAGGACCCUAAUGAAAGCGUAUGCCAAGCGCACAGCAGACCGCUGGAACUCCAGUGAGGAGAUGGACUAUCUGAACAGCAUAUAUGGUAAAUACAUGCCUGAAGGAACGCGUGUGGCCGUGGACGCAAAACCCCGGCUCUCGGGCAUCAUGGACACUGUCAACUCCACUCUGGCCCACGGCCCCGAGACCAAGCUUCCAGACAUCUUCUACGAUACGAAGGCCGUCGAGACCAUGGAAAAGAUCAACGUUGAGGAGUGGUUCGCUGGCUUCAAGGAGUCUCGCGAGUACCGUACGCUGGGCAUGGGGUCUCUGCUCGGCGACAUCACUGAGCGUAUAGUCGCCAACGUUGAGGCCUCUAACUUGGGUAGCCAGGACAACACCGUCGUCAAGUUUGGCAUGUCCGGCUGCCAUGACACUACCCUUGCCGGUACCCUUGCCAGCCUCGGUGCCUACGAGACUCAGCGCUGGCCCCCAUAUACGAGCCACGUCGCGCUCGAGGUUUUCCGCAAGUCCACUGCCGCUUCUGCCGCGAGGGCUUAUAGCGAGAAAGACGUAUCCGCCAUGAACGCUGCCGCUGCGAACAAGCCAAUCUCGCCAACUGGCAAGACGCUGCCCACCAUCGGCCGCAAGACCCUCCAGGAAAUGACCGAGGACGAGCUGAAGCGGAUCGAGGGCCAUUACGUCCGCAUCCGAUAUAAUGACGAGCCCGUCACUAUCCCUGGCUGCAAGGCCGCGGGUAACCACUUGGAAGGCGACGAGAGCUUCUGCACGCUGGCAGCCUUUAAGAGUAUCGUCGACAAGAUUACCCCCAAGAACUGGAAGACGGAGUGCAGCAAGGUAGACAAAGACAACAUCCUGCCCGCGAAGCCGGAGCCUGCCGGGUACUAG